AUGGUGAAACCUAGCAGGAAGUUCAGUUUCUCUGAUACAUGUCCUCAGUUCUUCAAAGUUUAUCUCGCAGAUCAAAGCUCUCAGCAACUGCGAAUCCCACCAGCAUUCGUUAAGAAUUUCAAUGGAGUUAUACCUUCCAAGUCUACAAUUACGAAUCAUGGAAGCAGAUCAUGGAGGGUGGAACUGAACAUGGUUGAUAAAAAUCUGUAUUUUCAGAAUGGUUGGCACAAAUUUGUGCACGACAAUUCAUUAGAAUAUGGAGAUUUUCUAAUAUUCUACUAUGGUGGUAAUUCAAUGUUUUAUGUCAAAAUAUUUGGAAAAAAUGCGUGUCUAAAGGAGGUUUCAAUCCCUACUAGGAAGAGUAUUCAAAAACAACUUAAAAUCAGACAUACAGUUUUCCAAGAAAAUCAGACAUUCAAACCAUGUAAGCAUGAGCAGUCAACCCUCAACGACAGUGGCAAGCAGAUAACUAAGAGGACUUUAGGGUCGCGUUCGAGGGCUCUAAGGACCAUUGAAGAGAAUGAUGGAGCUUCUAAAGCAGCAGCAGAAUUCGUUUCUGAAUACCCUUUCUUCCAAGUAGUUAUAAAGCCAACUUAUGCUCAACCUACUGGUUAUCUGAAUAUACCAUCUAGCUUCUUCAAGAAAUACAUGGAAAAGGGUGAAGGAAAUGCUAUUCUUCACAUCUCAGCUAAGUCAUGGCCUGUGAGUGUGAAAACCUAUAUGAAUCGCAUAGCUAGGUUUUCUAAGGGUUGGAAAGCAUUUGUUAAAGAUAACACUCUGAAAGCAGGAGAUGUUUGCGUCUUUGAGCUAAUUGAGAGAGAUGAUUUUCGGCUGAAAACUUCUAUCCUGAGGGGUUGA